AGUUUAAAUGACCUUAGGACAAGCCAAGAGACCCUAUUCCGUAAUAUCGUCCGCUCGGAUGGCUUCACUGUCGAUUUUCUUUUCAGUAAGAAAGGGAAAGCAAAAGAAGAGAAGACCAUCGAAGACCAUCGGUUGACUUUGGAAGAUUUUGAUUAUGCCGAAGUCGAAGCUGGUUACAGGCCCUGCUUCAUUGAUCCCGGGAGAAAAGACGUCUUCACAGCAGCGAUCGGGCUGGAUGAUGAAAAGCACCAAGUGCGAAGAUGCUCUACC